AGAAGCUAAAGCAACAGGAAGAUAACCGAAAACGAGCGCAGGCUGGAAGGAAAGCGGCGGAGGCCGAAAUCUUUUCCACAUCAAAGUCGCUGUUCGGCCGUAAACUUCAGCCUGGACUCGACCUGCCACCUCUGACCCGUUCUGCUCCAGAUAAACGUGGCAGAUCAACGAGCAUGCUCGAACUAAAGUGAGCUCUCUUGCCCUUAAAGAAAAAAAACGGCCGAGUCUGAGCAUGGCGCAGUGCACCGGUCUGCAGUACGAGCCGGUGGCAGAGAUCGGUGGUGGCGCAUACGGGACCGUCUACAAGGCUCGCGACAUCGAGAGUGGCAAGUUCGUCGCCCUGAAGAACGUGCGCGUCCAGACUGACCAAAAUGGCCUCCCGGUGUCCACGGUCAGAGAGGUGGCGCUGUUGAAGCGCCUAGAGCAGUUUGACCACCCCAAUGUGGUCAGGCUUAUGGAUGUGUGUGCCACCAAGAGAUCCGACCAGGAAACCAAAGUCACUCUGGUGUUUGAGCAUGUGGACCAAGACCUGAAAACGUAUCUAGAGAGAGCUCCAGCUCCAGGGUUGUCACCAGAGCGCGUGAAAGACUUGAUGAAGCAGUUGCUGUCUGGCCUCUCCUUCCUCCACUCAAACCGCGUGAUGCACAGAGACCUGAAACCCGAGAACAUUCUGGUGACCAGCCAGGGCCAGGUCAAACUAGCAGACUUUGGCUUAGCGAGGAUAUACAGCUGCCACAUGGCCCUCACUCCUGUGGUGGUGACGUUGUGGUAUCGACCCCCCGAAGUUCUGCUGCAGUCCAGCUACGCCACUCCUGUGGACAUUUGGAGCACGGGCUGCAUUUUUGCUGAAAUGUUUAGACGCAAACCUUUGUUCUGCGGAGAGUCAGAGAUGGACCAACUUGGCAAAAUCUUCGAAGUUCUUGGCUUACCCCCAGAGGAGGAGUGGCCCACUGAUGUUACCGUGUCCAGAAAAAACUUCCCCCUUCUCCAUGCUCGCCCAAUAACAGAUUUUGUUCCAGAGAUAAAUGAGGAGGGGGCCCAACUAUUGCUGCAAAUGUUGACUUUCGACCCUUUGAAACGAGUUUCGGCCGUGAAAGCUCUCGAGCAUCCGUACUUCCAGGACGAGGAGCCAGCGACUCAGACAGAAAGCUUGAAUCAGGGAGUAAAAAGCGCCGCAGGAGGCAUCUGUGUUUGAGUUCAGGAUUCCUUCUAUUGAUUUUCCUUAAAAACCUGUUGUUCCUGCACCCCAAUCGAGGUUUAAACACUCAGACAAGCAAGCUGAAGGGUCACCACCGGCACCGACUUGGAAGUGUCAGGCAUAAUAGUCAACGUGUGUUCCCUCUUGAAAGACAGUACCAGUGUUUUUAAUGUUCUGUUUUGGAGUCAUCAGCCGGGACUGAUGGAUCCCUGAUCCAAAAUGCUGCUCGAGUUGUUUUGCAGAGUGUUCAACGCCACAAACCAGAGAAUUAUCCAUGUCUGCUAGCAUCAUUCAUGCUAAAGGAACGGGAAGGCCAUUCAUUUUUAACUGUAGAGAUCAAAUAAAAGGAUUCCUAACUGUUUUUGGAUCAUGGAAAAAAGGAAGAAUAACUGUCUUAAGUAUUUGAACGCACAAAGAAGAGGCACAUUUCAGCAUCACUGGUAUUGCCCUCACAGUCUUACCAAGUAAAAGUAUUUUUUUAAGGGGCUUCAUUUCAUGUUUUUAGUAUUUUUGUUCCGUCUGCAGUCACACCUGAAAUCAGCCAGUUGUGCCACUCCGUUAAAUCUGGAAGUGUUUCUGUCGCUGUUGUUUUCAUGUGAAAAAAAAAGACAAAAUAAAGACAAACAUGAACCGACCUC